CCCCCGCAUUUUGACCACGCUGCCCACGCUACCCAGACGCGGGGUGCAGAAGUCAGCCAUGUUACCUUGAUAUCCCCCCAUCUUCUCCACGAGAGAAAUGAUAUCGUUGAAGCCGGAACACGCUUCCCCUGCGAUUAUAUCGUGAGUACAAAACUCACCUUUACUCCCGUCCCUCAUCAACCGUUUCCUCGGGACUCCAUCCACCUCAACGACUUCGCAACUCCUCUCAUCCCUCUUCAGGCGAAUCACCACCACCACCACCACCACAACCAUGUCCGCCCGCAAAUCCAUCCUCAUCACCGGCGCCGGCGGUCUCGUCGGCCCCCUCCUCGCCACCCGCCUCCUCCGCGACCCUAACUACUCCCAACACAUCAUCUACCUAACCGACCUCGCGCCUCCCAUCGUCCCCUCCGCCUCUUCCUCCAUCCCCGCCGACCGGCUUCAAAACGUCAUCCCCAUCCAAGGCGACAUCACCUCCCCCUCUUUCGUCUCCUCCCUCAUUUCCUCCACCCUCCAAGACGGCGCACAGUUAUCCGCAGUCUUCAUCUUCCACGGCAUCAUGUCCGCCGGCUCUGAGGCGAAUUUCGAGUUAUCUCUCAAAGUCAACGUCGACUCCGUGCGCUUAUUGCUCGACGAAAUCCGCACCCAAGCCCCCGGCACACGAGUGAUAUACAGCAGUUCGCAAGCAGUCUACGGCCAACCCUUACCCGCCGUCGUAACAGACGACGUCACGCCCACCCCGCAAAGCACAUACGGCGCGCACAAGUUGAUGAUGGAGACGUACAUCAACGAUUUGCAUCGCAAGGGAUAUAUCGUGGGCUUUGUCGUGCGCUUCCCUACUAUCUCGGUGCGACCGGGUAAACCAACGGCGGCUGCGUCAAGUUUCUUGUCGGGCAUUAUUAGGGAGCCGUUGGCGGGAAAAGAGUGCGUGGUGCCGAUUGAGGAUCGGAGCUUUAGGUCGUACUUGUCGAGCCCGUCGACGAUUGCGGAGAAUUUGGUCAGGGUGUUGGAGAUGGAUAGUGAUAAGUUGCCGGAGCAUAGGAGGAGUGUCAAUUUCCCGGGCAUUAGUGUCAGUGUGCAGGAGUUGUUGGAUGCGCUGGAGAAGUACGGAGGGAAGGAGAAACUGGGGCUGGUCAAGGAAAAGAGGGAUGAGGGACUGGAAAAGGUGUUGAGGAGCUGGCCGACGAAUUUUGAUACAAGUAGGGCGGUGGGCGAGUUGGGGUUGGUGGUUGAUGAGGGGGUGGACGGGCUGGUUGGGGAGUAUGUGGAGAGUUUGAAGCAGAGUGAGUGAACGGAAACUCGAAGACGGCUUUUUUUGUGUUGUGUUCAGAUGAUAGGUUGUGCGCAGAAAUGGGAGGUCAGAGAUCUGCCGUG